AUGGAACAACCGUCUGCUGGCCUGGCCUUUGUCUCGUAUGAGCCUGGUGGAAGCAAAAGAGGGGGCCGAAGAGCAAGAGAGAUCCGGGUACAUGCGGGCAGAGUGGGCUGGGCCAAGUCGUCAAAGGCCGCUGAAGUCGAGGCGCGGAGGAAGAAGAAGUUAAACAACAGAGAUGAAGACCAAUGCGACGAGAGCAGAGAUGCAGCGCUACUGCUGCCACGCUCAGUCGCUCCAGUCUUCGGCGGCGUAUCUCUGAAAACGUUUGACGCUGCAGAAGACGGCAUCUCCAAACGCAUCAGCUACCUCAUGCUGUCUGCCGUUUGGCCGAAUGUGGCAGGCGAGUCCGUUGCUGCCCCAUGGUUUGUGGACUUCUGCAACGACUCGCUCAUGUUCCAUACGCACUGCACUGCAGGCGCUAUGUACCGUGACAUUAUUGCCCAGAAGUCCGAAUGGAGUCAUGGGAAAGCCGCUCUCACUCAUAAAGCGCAAACCCUCACACUGAUCAAGUCGAAAUUUGACAACUUGGAGAGGCUUUCUCAAGAGGACAUUGAACGCCUUCUCCUGGCAAUGGGCAUUCUGGGGGUGCACGAGUUCGACCCCAAACACAGCGAGCACAAGCCACUUCCAUUCGUGCCGUUCCAUCCUGCGGCUAACUGGAUAUCGAUCUGGGGACGAAGUGAUCCGGUCGAGGCUCAUGUACACGCCUCCCUUGCCCUCGCCUGUCGGUUAGGAGGUCCAAAGGCACUCAAACUGCCUGGACUGGGUUACAUGGCCGGCCUCACCGACAUCUUUUUCGCAAGCUGCCAUUUCCGCAAACCCAUCGUAUCGGAAUGCUACUGGGAUGACGUCCACAUAUUCGACGUCAUGCCAGACGAGCUACGUCGAGCGACACUCGACAUGACCGAUGACUUGCCUCCGGUGCCUGGUUCAGGCUUUGCUGAUCUACCAGGAGGACUUCCACCCACCGCUUUGUCCGUCUUCACAGAAGUCGCUUACAUAGACAGGAUCCUGGCGGGCCCGUCCGUGCGAGAUCAUCCCGCGUCUCCAGUCCAGAGAGCCAGGCUCGCUACUUGCCACAAACUUCUAUCAUUGUCGUCCUGGGAUGAGUUGGACGACAUAUACCACCAAGACAGUUACGAAGAUUCACUCCAGACAGGACACGCCGGCAAAUGCCACCGCGCCAUUUACGAAAUCUGCCGAAUUACAUGUGUGAUUUACUCGACUGCAUGCUUCUUCUCUCUACCACCACACAACGGCUGGAACAAACGCCUCACAAGCAUCGCUCUGGAUCUAUUGGAACUGGCGAACUUCGACAUGUGGAGUCUAGAUGUCCAGGGUCUUUACCUCUGGGUGCUCUUCAUCUGCGGCAUGGCCGCAUUCGACACCCCAAAUAGACUGUGGUUCGAGAACGCUUUAGCGAACUACGCGCGCAAAAGACAGGUUAGUGUCGAACAUGCUCUGGAACAUGCUCGACGGUUCGUUUGGUCUGAUUCGGUAUGUGAUAUUGGUGCCAGGGAGUUGUGGAACGACGCUAUGGUUGGAAAAAGGCCGACUGCGGUCUGCAGUGGGAUGAAAAUGAGCCAUAUCAGCGAUGGUCAUGUCAAAGUAGAAACCACACAGUUGUAA